ACCUACCAGACUGAGGAGGACAAGAAGAAUUUGGUCAGACUUCAGGAUCUGGUGGACAAGCUGCAGCUUAAAGUGAAGGCUUACAAGAGACAAGCUGAGGAGGCUGAGGAGCAGGCCAACACCCACAUGUCCAGGCUCAGGAAGGUCCAGCAUGAGAUGGAGGAGGCUCAGGAGCGUGCUGACAUCGCUGAGUCCCAGGUCAACAAGCUCAGAGCCAAGAGCCGUGACACUGGAAAGAGUGACUCUGCUGAAUAAGUGACCACACCUAAAUGAAGCUGUUCAACAGAGUUCAUAAAAUAUGGAUCAACUGUUGAAUUUUUUUCCAUUGUAUUCCUUCAAUAAAUAAGCAUUUACAUAAUUUGAAA